AUGGGGAUUAUUAAGAAAGAUAAGAGGAGUGAUUCUUCUUCUUCAACAUCUCCUUGUGCUCAUCUCAGAGCUGCAUAUCACCAAGGCUUCAACAGGUGGUACUCUGAGAAAUUAUUGAAGGGUCAGUGGGACAAAGAGGAAUGCGUAUCCGAGUGGCAGAAAUACAGAGCUUGCCUUUCUCAACAUUUGGAAGAUAAACAUCGCAGUCGUUUCCUUGAAGCCGAAGCUAAUGUCUAUACUCCUGAAUCCUCCUGA